GAUUUGCAAUGGAGCAGUUCCUCUACCGCCCCUUUCACGUCACACACACCCUCCCACAGGUCCUUGACAUUUCGCCUCAGCUUCACCGCCCUUUUCGCGGACGCCAGCUUAAGUUCUUACUAGGCACUGAUGGAUAGUGACAGAAUUAAUUGGCAGUUCACAUGGCUUUAUAGUAAUAAACUCCUGCGACAGUGGUGUCCCAGACUCAGAUUUCCAGUUCCGGUGGCCUGCAUGUCUCGCCUAGGUCUAGACCACCAGUUUGCUACAUCCAUAAUACUGGUGUCUCCCGUCCUUGUGCGCUGCAAUAGGCGCUGACCUGCUCCCAGCCCGCGCUCAGCCGCUGCAAAGGAACCAACCACGGCCUCCAGCUGCUUGUGUCUUGCAGCAGAGCGGGGGACCCAAUAUUUGGCGCCAUGCGCCGCGGAAUAUCGCAAUUAAUUCAAUAAUUUUGCACCCGCGUGGCAUUUCUUGUCUUUUCAACGACCAAGGAGCAUACCCGCGUCAACGCUUUCAUCCCAAUGGCAGGGUGGCAAGCCUACGAAAUCUCACAAGCGCUCUCUAGAAAGUAACGUCGGUCGGUAACUCCGUCCAACUCUUGUCUAUAAACCCCUUUCUGCCGGCAACCGAGGACACCAUGUCUUCGGAUUAUGAGAAGGCUGUGUCGGCUCCAGAAUCCGCCUCCACCCCGCAGCCGACACUGCAGGCAUUCCGAGACCACCUCAGAGGAAUUGUUCGGAGGAAUUGGGAAGGACGAACAUUCUAUAACCCAGAAGAUAUCAAGAGAUGGAUGGGACUCCGAUCUGCAACUACCGGAGGGCAGUCCAGGUCAAAUCUCGCAAAACUACUGGACGAAGUCCAAACUGAAGGAAAUUUGUUCCGUCGUGCGAGGGAGGACGAGCUAACGAACCUUCCAAUAUUGUUCGCAAUACUUCUUGAUGACAGGAUAAAACACGGUCACCUGAUUCAUUGCUUCAAGAAACAUAUAGCCGACGACUCCCGGUUGAUGUUCGACGAGCAUUUUGACAGACUUCGCGACAUUUUGAUGGAAGAGAAGGAGAUGAAGGUCCCGGUCAAAACACUGCUUGAAGACUUCAAGAAGGUCCGCCCAGAAUAUUGCCCAAUGAUAAUCGGCAUCUUCAAAGACGUACACUUGAUUGAUGGUGCUAUCUUGCCGUUCUGUAAGAGGGUCCCUAUCAACAAGAAAGGAGGAACUGCGAAUGUCGAACAAUAUAUGGUCCAGGAAGAUCUCGUUGCGGAAAAACUUCGCGUCGAACUUGAAGGCUCUCGAAAAAGGGUUGACGGCUUCGGAGAGUGUUACAGCAUCGCUGUCAAGUCUUAUAACCCCACGGAAACCGAUGCCUAUCGGCUUGAAGUCGACGCAUUCGAGGCUCUUAGCGAAAUUCCCGGUGUGAUCAAAUUUCUCGGCGAAUAUAACAGGCGCCGCACGUUCAGAGGUUCCCCAUCACUUGCUCAUCACAUUAUCCUCGAAUUUGGUGAACACGAUCUGGACGAGUUCUUGGCGGAUAAUUUCCCACCUAUUUUAUACACGGAAAUCAAAGGGUUCUGGAACAGCCUCUUCAAAGUGGCUGACACGUUGGAGCGACUCCAUGAGUCGCAAUACGAUGAAAGAACACUUUCCGGAUGGCAUGGCGACAUCAAGCCUGAUAACAUACUCCGAGUGAACGGCGAAUUCAAACUUGCUGAUUUCGGCUUUACCCAAUUCAAGGUUCGCAGUGAUCGCGAUCCUGACCCGAAAACUCAUCUCGACGGCUUGACAAAAUCAUUUGGUGCCCCAGAGAUCCGUACGACCGGCCAGGGUGAUGGAUACACUCAGAAGAUUGAUACUUGGUCUUUCGGCUGUGUGUUGUCAUCUGUCGCCACCUGGGUCAUUUUGGGACAGCAGGCGUAUGACCACUAUCCGGAGAUUCGAACAGCAGCCAUCAAAGAACUGAAAGAGAAAAGGAAAACCGACCAAAGCAUCCAUGCACCGGACGCCGAUGACGCUUUUCAUGACGGUGUGAAUGUCCUCCCUGCGGUCAGUCAGUGGCACGAUCUCCUCCGGAAUUCCAUUCGAAAGUCAGACAGCAUUUCAGGAAGAAUCAUCGAUUUGAUAGAGGAGGGAAUGCUGGUUGGCGACGUCAAAAAGAGAUUCAAAGUGAAGGAGAUGCACCAAAAGCUGCGUGACGUUCUUUCAUCCGCCGAGGCCGACCACCAGGCGGCUCUAGAGUCGGCGGACCCCCACCAUGCCCUCAAGCGUCUAUCACCACAAAUGUUGAAGGUCCUUCUCAGUCUCGACAAGGAAUCCCCAGCCAGUCCUACCACGGCCGGCGAAGCCAGAUCGACGCCUCUCACAAAACAGGGCCCUGCCACAGGGCAGGGAGGGUCCCUGUCCGUGACCAAUCGAAACGACCGAGUGAGAAAGUCUGAGAGACUGGACAAGAACGUACGCGCCAAAGUAGCAUUCCGUGAGCAGGCACUCAUGUCUGAGCUCCGAAUCGAAGAAUCGAUAAUUGUAGGGGAUGAACAGGAAGCAAGCCACCAGGCUUCGGUGCCAGGUCAGAUCAACAAACCUGCUGGACAAAGAAAAGGGAAACAACCUACGACUCCUUCUAUCCGCAUCACGAACACAGUCACAGAAGCAACACCAAUUUUCCCGCCAGCAACAGAAAAUCAGCAAACGGAUACCAAACCGCCGCAGCUGCUCGUGGAGAAGCGACACAAGCCGCAGACUGGCAUGCCUGCUACUCCAAGCAUAUAUCGUGAGUAUGAUGAGCUUGAGAAACAGUACAGAAAGUUUUCUGUUAGGGUUGGACUGAGCAGUCCGGUCAAGGACCGACAAUUGGAAAAGCAUAUCCACAACCGAGAUAUAAAGUUUGUUGUUGACAAUGCCAGAACAAUGAGUGACAAGUGGGGGCAAGUUGAGAUAGUGCUUCUGGUACUUGCAAUGAAGAUAGGUCGACUGGACAAGGACGGCAUAGAUCUUGUUUACACCAUUGGCGAGCACGGAAAGCUAAAAAACGUCAAGGGAACGGAUAUUCACGGGAGGUUCAAAAAGUCUAUGGGAGAUGUCGGCAACAGCAUCAAUCAUACCGAUAGAACCAGUAUGCGACAGACACUCGGAACCAUCUUCUCCGAAUACUUGGAGAAUCCUGGCAAGAGGAUGACUUUGAUCAUUCUCACAGAUGGAGCAUGGGAAGGCUCACGGACAGAUAACGAUGUGGAACAACUAAUUGUUGACUUCGUCGGGAAACUCGAACAACAAAGAGGUUCAAUGGAACAAAGAUGGUUCAGCAUACAGUUUGUUUGGUUUGGCGAGGAAGACACCGCUGCCAUAUCCCGGUUGAAAAGUCUUGACGACAACAUGAAGGAACGCUUCCAUAUUGAAGAUAUCAUUGAUUCCAAACCGUGGUAUCAUGAACCAACCGACGAAUUAAUUCGCGGAAGUAUAGAGGAGGGCGUGGAUGAAGAGGAUGGGGCGACGGCGACUGGCCAUCAAGCCCCAAGUCUCCCAGGCUCAACUCUUGGACACAAUCUUGCUGAUAUUCAAAAAAGGCCUUCUUCGAGCUCGUUGAAGGGAAGCAUCAGCAGUAAAAAGAAAUUUCCGUUCUUCUAUAAAUAGAUAUACUACUAUCGUUGUGGAUGACACAAUACUUCACCAUUUGUUUUGAUAUUUUCCUGUUCUUGCAUGUAUAUGGCCUCGGCGUCAUGUUACCUAGGUAUGUGGGUGAGGUGAUUGUUAGGAUAAAAUAUAAAAAGAAAGGAAAAGCCCUUUUAUCACGAGAACGGAGAUUCAUAGGGUAAAAAAAG